AUGGCGGGGCGGGCGCCGGCAGAAAAAGGAGCUGCCAAAGCUGAGGGCUCCAUCCAGGAGGCGGCAGGGACAUUAGCCAGCGGGUCUCGGCGGCACGGCUCACCCACGGGCUGGGAGGAGCGGAGAGCAGCAGAAGAGCCCCUGAAGCACGACCCAACCCCGUCCACCGUGUAUGAGGCUGGGACGCAGGUGAGCACCAAACCCACACCGGAGGAGGUGCGGGGCUGGGCACAGUCCUUCGACAAGCUGAUGAAGAGCCCGGCGGGUCGCAACGUCUUCCGGGAGUUCUUGCGGACUGAGUACAGCGAGGAGUACAUGCUCUUCUGGCUAGCGUGCGAGGAGCUCAAAAAUGAGUGCAACAAGCACACCAUCGACGAGAAGGCCAGGAUGAUCUACGAGGAUUACAUCUCCAUCCUCUCGCCCAAGGAGCAACACGAGAAGAAAGGCAACAGCAGCCGGUCAUUAGCUGGCUCCUACUCCGAGCGCACAAGCCAGAGGGCCUUGGCCAGCUUCGGUUUCAGAUCCUGA